AUUUCGUUUCGUAUUGCAAAUUGAGAAUUAUGUCGUCGUUAUCCAGUAGGAAAUCAAGUAAAAAGUUCUACGUUCAGUACCUAGGAUGGAUGGAAUCCUCCGGAUUAUGGGGAAGGGAGUUUACGGAGCCAAUCGUACGAGAAUUAGUUUUGAGACGGCAUAAUGAUGAGCUACCGAAAUUAACGAUUGAUAUAUCUAAGAAGGAAGUGAAAAUUAUUCAGAUGGGAGAUAAGAAGAAGAUCAAAUACCCGUUUCAACCAUCUAAAGACGUCACUUACGCUACACAAGCUCUCUCUCCCGAUGAAGAUGUUGUCGCCUGCAUUUUCCUUGGAUAUAAUCCCAACACAAAAAGGGCGGUUCAUGUUCACGCUUAUCGCUGUGAUUCGGCCGACACUGCUCAAGCUCUUGUCGACACCUUCAAUUCGCUCUGCGUGCAAUUAGAGGAGAACGAGAAGAGAGUAAGGCGAAUCGAAGAGGAAUUGGUCAGCAUGGGUAAAAUUAUGGCAAGAGCUUCAACAAAUAUCAGGCAGAGAAAAACUCCCACCAUUGCCUCCGACGACGUUAGCUCUGUUACUAGCGCAAGAACUCACGAAACUUUGGAAUCGAACGAAGAGUACAAGCCUGUUUCUCAGGUUUCCUACAUACAGGACAAAGUCAUUGCCGAUCCCAAUGUUAUGGACGAGGAGUUGCCCUAUCAUCGAUUGGCUGCCGAGCUGCGAGAAAAGUUGGGAAGUAAGCAAAGACCCGCUCAAAAAACAGGACCGCUCGUCUAUCCGCCAAAAGAUUACGACUUGUCGGCAGACGACGAUGAUGACGACGAUGACGAGUAUGGACCGCAAAAUUCGAACGAAAACGACGAAGGUAGGCAAUCGUCCACCUACUCAGAUCGUUCAUCUAGUCAGGAUGGAGGAAGGGAAGUGGAAAAAUCGAAAGAUAAAGCGGCAGCAAAAGUCCUACCUCUAUUUACUAAUCAAGCUAGAUUAGUGUUCUCGAACGAAGAUUUAACUGCAGAACAAUCAAAAAACUAUAAACGAGAAGAAAUGACCCCAAAAUUUCGAAAAGUUGCCAGCCCUACAAAUCAUAAGGAUUUCAACCAACCCUUCAACCGACGCUAUAGUCCUAGCGCUUUAGGACUUAAACCACGAUCUAACGGUAAAGCCGAGAAAAAGCACCAGAAGAAUCAUUGGUCGUUCGAUAGAUAA